AUGUUGUUGACUGUUGUAUAUGACAAAAUUCAAAGAACGAAAUAUUUGUGAGUUUUGUGACCGGUGUUCAUAUACAAAAUAACGUAUAAUUGUAUUUAACAGUGUUACUGUACAUGUUGUAAGAGUUUUUCAAAGAUGCGAGUUAUAUUUACUGUUCUAGCUUUGUUAUCAAGUUUUAGUGCAAGUUUUGCAAUUUGGUGUUACCAAUGCACAACAGCUACGCCAGGUUGUACCGAACCAUUUGAUUGGCGUGGGGUUGGUUAUUUAGGCAAUCCUUGCCCUGAUGCUGAAGAUGUUUGUGUAAAACUUAUUGAAAGGAAGGGAGCUAAGGAGGUAAUUACAAGAGACUGCUUGAGUAAUUUCAAAGCCUUUAGGACCGACAUACCGGCCGACACUUAUGAAGGAUGCCGACCAGCAGCUAAAGAUGUCAAUUUAGCAAACUUUGUUAAUAAUACUGUAAAGGAGUUAGACAUAAAAAGAGAUUGGUAUGAUGAGACAAUAUGGUGUUUCUGUUUCCUUGAUCAUCGGUGUAACAACGCUUCGAUGAAAUCCCAUUCUAUGGCUCUGCUAGCCUUGACAAGUGUAUUUGUGUUGUUAAAAAGAGCAUUGUUUUGAUAUUGAUUCACGCUAUGCAAAACUAACUACAUGUAGUUAUUAGACUGGAACAGUAGUGGACUAAUGCUGUAUAGGAUCUGAUCAUUAAAUACUUUAAAUCACGGACAUUGUAGGAUAUUUUAGUGUACUUUAUAUGAAUAUAUGUGUCCAUGUCACAAGAGAAAAAUACUAAUAAAUACAGAUUGUUGAUUAUUUAGGUAGUUCAUGUAAUAUCAUUAACUUGUAAUGUUAUUUGCAUUAGAUAUAACUUUUUCAAUAUUUUUAUAAACAACAACAAACUUUUAUAUUCUUGUAUUAAUUUAGUUUUAAGUGUGAGUGAUAAAAAAUAUAUUCCGUCCAUUUUAAUAAAUUAGUACAUAUCAAUGUUUUUUUAUAUAUUUAUAGAUAAGUUAGUAGUUUUUAUACAGGUUGAUAAUAUUUAAUUUAACGUGUCUCCUUACAUAGCUACACGUAAUAUUACAUAAAAGAGCUAUUCAGUAAGAUAUGAUAUAAUGUGUUAAAAAUAAACAUAUAUCAACUCUAUACCUGAACACAGCAUAAAAUAAACAAUAGCAUAAACUGAGCAUUUUCAAUUAUUCAUAUAAUUGUCAUAAUUUUUUAUAAAUUAAAUGAAUAAUAAUGUUGAUGAAAAGUUUCAUUUGUCAUUAGUUAUAAGUAUAGACUUAUAACUAUACGAAUAUAGACUUCACUUUUUAGAAUUGUUUUUUAUUGAAUAUUGACAAUUUAUUGGUGUAAUAUCAUGCUUGUCUGAGCUGAAGUACAUUUUUUUAAUAAUAUGACAGCUGUGAUUGUUAUUCGAGUAGCAUGGAGGGUAGAGUUCUCUGUUUUAUUUUGCUCUACUAAACAAUUUUUGUCAUUUUUACACUUGGAAACAUUUCUUCAAUAAUUCGACUUUUUUCUAUACACGAACAGUUCUCUUCGCCUGCCUCUAUAACCUAUCAUGAUAAUCUAAAUG